AUGCUGUGUCGUCCUUCUCAUCAGACACUUCAGGAAAACCUGCAAGCAGGUCGUGAAAACCGACGACACCAUUAUGAAAAAAACAGAGACAGAAUUCUAAGCCGGUGGAGGGAGCUUCAUGUUGAAAAGAACACAGGGCCGUCGGAGCUCAAGAAAGCUAUCGAAAGAGCUCUGCAUGGCUACGACUCGGAUGAAGAUGGUGAUGAGUCGGAGACAGGCAAUUCCAGCGACAUUGAGGAGAAUGAUGACUCACUAUCAGAUCUUACAGGAUGUCUACUCAUGCUCAAAGGGAUCAAAGAUGAAAUGUUAUCUUUGAUUACUGAACCUCGUGCAUUUGCUGAGGGCGCCUUGCUUCAAUUUGUCAACAGCAUCAUGUAUACGAAUGACCGUGCCGAUAAUGGGGACCGAACCAUUGUUACAAAUAUGAUAGUCACGGUCCAAGGCUUGCUCAACCGCUCCAUCCCCGUUCAAGAUAAAAUCCUUAAUUUUUGCGGUGUCUCGGCCGAGUUUCGUGCUGCUAACACAGUCACUCGUUACCUCAGUACCACCCUUGCAUACUUAGAAGAUAUCGAGUUUUACAUCCACGUGGAGGGAGUUUCGGAGCUGUGUGUUGCACACUGGAUGGGCGAAUUGAUGUACCAGAAGGGUUCUCGUGUUUGA